GUACGGCUUAGUCAGUCGAUUCUGGAGCACAUAUUCGAUGGCAUCAACUGGAAAUGAUACGAAAACUGAAAGCUAUUCGUAUCCGUUUGCGGAUUUGGCAGAUGAGCGGACGAGGAAUUGGCCACUAGUUGAGUCGCCUUGGAAUGUUUCCGCUCUAUUGGCACUCUAUUUACUUAUGGUUCGCUACGGGCCCAAAUGGGCAGCCAGGUACAAGCCGUUGCAGUUGAGAGUUCCACUGUUCUGUCAUAGUUCAGCCAUGGUCUUUCUAAAUGGCUAUAUCUGUCUGGAACUCUUCUCGGCCUCAAGGGCAUUAGACUAUAGCAUCGGGUGUCAGCCGUGUCGGGUGAGCUAUAGUCCACAUGAAAUGCGGAUAGCCGCGGCCUUUUGGUGGUUUUACAUCUCAAAAAUAAUGGAAUUCGCUGACACGGCUUUCUUUAUCCUGCGCCACAAGUGGACCCAGCUAAGCUUUCUGCAUGUGUACCACCACAGCACUAUGUUUGCCUUCUGCUGGAUAUUUAUCAAGUGGUUGCCAACGGGUUCAGUUUAUGUACCAACCAUGAUAAACUCCUUCGUUCACGUCAUUAUGUACGGCUACUAUGCCUUGAGUGUACUGGGUCCACGUACUCAGAAGUUCCUUUGGUGGAAGAGUUACUUAACUGGCCUCCAGCUUCUGCAGUUUACAAUCGUCUUGUUGUGGGCAACUCAGAUAGUCCUGCAAGACUGCGAGUACGGAAGCUGGCUAACUCCAAUUGGAGGCGCCUAUAUGGUGCCUUUUCUGUUUAUGUUCGGAAAAUUCUAUGUCCAAAAAUAUAGGAUACCAAAAGUCUCUAAGAAAACCAAUUGAAACAAAUUUAAAAUGUUAACAAUAAGAUUCUAUGAAAAUAUGAUUUAUUUAUAGCUUCAA